AACAGGCUGCAGGACUGAGAGUCUCCAGGUGUUUCUAAUGAGUUUAAUCAGAGCAGAGCCUGAGGAGCUUCAUCAGAUCACAGCCUCUGCUUCUGCUGCAGGAAACAUGGACCUCACAACGUCUCUCAGGACUCUUUGGCUCUGCCUGCUGCUGUCUGCCCCUGGGGAGGGGUUUCCUGCAACAAGCAGAGACUACGUAUACCCCUACACGGCUGCCUGGGGCUCUGGAAGAUCCAGCCCUCGCUUUGGAGGCCCUCCUCUGAACCUGCAGUAUGGAACUGCCCCCCCAGAGGACAGCAGCCAAACUGGAAACCAGUCCCCGUCCGACUACGUAUACCCCCCCACUGAGGCGUGGGGCUCCAGUGGAGGAUCUGAGCCCCCCUCUGGUGGUGGAGCUCCCAGUGCGGCUCCACCCAGUUACGAGCCGAACAAGUUCAUCGAGACUUGGGAUUCAAACCAACCCUCCAGUGCUGCUGCAGUCCAGUCCCAGGAUGAAGGGUCCGGCAGCCCCACUGCUCCCCCUCCUGGAUUUAAGGUUCCCAUCGUCUGGGAUCAGCCUCCCUCUGAACCUGGUCCCGCCGGGACCUCCGAUGAGGGUGCCGGUGUGGCGACGUCCCGCCUGGUCCACAGCGUUUCUCCUGCUGCCUGGAACCAGCUUCCAAUGUUGGACUUUGGUGAAGGACCUGUUCCGUACAUCGGGGCUCCUGGAGGGUACCACUUGGGUCCUGGAUCCUUUCCUUUCGGCAUCAUUGAGUCUGUGGAAAGCGGCAUUGCAGAUGGUACUGCAGCUGGAUUUGUUGAUGGACCCGUUCCCUCUGACGGUGCCACUCGUUACACAAACGCAGACCCGACAGAAGAAGGUCGGACUGGUGGAAACACAGCUCUGGUUGGUGGGUUUGUAGAUGGACCCUAUGACGGUGCCACUCGUUACACCAACGCAGCCCCGACAACCGGUGGUCAGACUGGUAGUAACCCAGCGUCCACCGGUAGACUUGAUGAAGGACUUGAUCCCAGAGGUGGACAACCUACUGGUUUUGCUAACCCUAACCCAGUGACAAAAGACAGUCAGACUGGUAGUAACCCAGUGAUGUCCUAUGAUUAUGGAGGUUUUCCUUUCGGACACAUGGACUCUGCAAACAAAGACGUUGCAGAAAGUAACACCCCGGCCUCAGGAUUUCAUGAUGGACCUGAUCCCUAUAGUGGUGCUACUCAAUACUCCAACGCAGGCUACCCAGUGACAAACGACGUUGUGACAGAAAGCAGAGCGAUCCCGAGCUCGGCUACCAGCUGGACGGUUGGUGGACCGGAUCCUAAAGGCGGUCCUGCUUUGGGCGUCUUGUUCGGUGCUGAUUCUUCACCAUCCAGCUCCAAUGGCCAAACGUUUGUUAAGCAGCCUGUAGGGGGCGCUGACGAACCACCCUACGACCCGUAUCGUGACCCAGCCGUCGGGUUUUCCUGGGUCGGCACCUCGCUCAUCAAACCCAACAACUGGAGGCCACAGAUCCAGGGUCCCGGCCUCUGGGAACCGAACACAGAGACGCCGGCGAGCAACAUAUCCCCUCCGCUGCCUUCGUCCUACAUCGUCCAGUCCAGGAGCGGCUACUGGCGGCAAAAGGAAGUCCUAUCCCACACCAGUUACUCCCCAAAGUUUGAAUCCCGGGACUUUGAAGCACCGAGGAGGCGGACGGCACCGGGGAGUCUUUCCAUUGCAGGAACCAAGGUCUUCUGAGGUACACCGCACACCCGUUUAAGCUCCACAUGCACGGGGACUUUAACGCUGGAGAGAUGAAGAGGUAACUCUUUAGUUGCACAAUAAAUACAGAAUAAAUGACUCGCUGCAUGUAAAGCACAGAGAUUAUUUACUGCUAUAAUCCAAAAACACACGGAGGAAUCCCAUUGGUCCAGAGAGAUGCUGCCUUCAGGGACCAACACAGAAACACCAUUUUAUUGAUUCAUGACUAACCUUUGACUUUUUC